AAUUUCAGAUUAUGGCUGAUGCAGAUUUUAAUGGAUUAUCCAUACAUCGAGUUACAGCAACCGAAUUUGAUUGUGUUAAAAAAUUUUUGCUAACUGAUUUCUUAUACAAUGAACCAUUGAAUAGGUCAAUCAAUCUAAAAGCCGAAGAUUCGGAUGAAUUAUUUAAUGAUUUGGUAAAUGUUGGGAUUGCCUCAUCAUUAUCAUAUAUUCUACGAGGACCUGAUGGUGAGAUUGUUGCACUUAGGUUGACUUCAAUAUUAGAUCGACCAAAAGAAGAGCAUCACAAUGAGGACAAUGAAUUGUCAACUAGGAAUAAAAGUGUAGCAAGUGAUAAUAGUAGCAGGACAGCAACGAAAGUAAGGAGAUAUUGUCCAAGAGCGCAAAUUAUCGUGGAUAUUCUUCAGGAAUUGGAAAAUAAGAUGUGGAUGCUUAUUAAUCCGGAAUUAAAACGUCUACUGCUUUGGUCAGUAAUUUCAGUGCACAAAAAUUACACUAGGCGUGGACUUGCUGAAAAAAUGCUUUGUUAUAAGUUAGAUGAAGCUAAACAAAUUGGUUGUCAAGGUUGUAUUGCAGAAGCAUCUGCAUUCAAAUCACAAUUGUUGUUCAAAAAGAUUGGAUAUGAGACAAUCCAUGAAGUGAAGCAUGGUGAAUGGCUUGAUGAUCGAGGACAACAAAUUUUCCGAUGUGAUGAUAGCACGAAUUCCAUACAACUUGUUUUCAAAUCAUUGGAGUGAAUAAUUUUUGCUGUGUUAUAAUUCAUGAAAUUGCUAUUCUACGAAAUAUUCUAUUCACUGGAACAAUAUAUUUGACAAAUUUUUUUGUUUUCAUUUUAACAAAAUAUAGCUUUUAAAAAUUUCUUCCUUCUUUCAUGACAUUUAUUAGUGUUUAUUAGCCAAGUGAUAUGGAAUAUUACAUAUGGCCAAUAAACAAUAUCGCGAC